AUGGCCAGCGCGGGGCGUCUGCUGCUGCUCUACUUGCUGCCUGCGACCCUGCUGGUGACGUGGGGGAAGGUCCUGCGGCAGUCCCACAAGGGCAUCGGGGAGGCCUGUGAGGAACACACGGAGUGCCAGAGCGGCUGCUGCGUCACCAACAGCCUGAACCCCCAGAAGUUCUGCACCCCCCAGACCAUCUUCCAGUACUGCCUGCCCUGGCAGAAGCCCAAUGGGCACACCUGCCACGCCCACUCGGAGUGCCAGAGUGACUGCUGCGUCACCAACAGCUACAGGCUGCAGAUGUACUGCACAGCCAAGACCAUUUUCCUUCAGUGCAUCCCCUGGCGCAAGCCCAACGGGGCCCCCUGCAUGGACCACAGCGAGUGCCGCAGCAAGUGCUGCAUCCGGCUGAACGAGGUCAGCCCCCGCCACUGCAUCCCCCGGAGCGGCAUCCUGCUGCAGUGCCUGCCCUUGUGAUGUGGACCCAGUCUGUACCCUGGAGACCACCCUGGACCCCAAGCCCCACAUGUGUUCAGGCCGCUCUUCCUGAGACAGUGAAAACCUGUAUUAGAUGUCCAGCUGUGAAGUCCUGAGACUGCCCGUGUCCACGCAAACCAGUGGUGGCUACUGGAACCUCAAGGUGAUGACUUAGCAUCAAUAAACCUUUC